CCCUGAGUUUAACGACGUAGGUAUUUUUCGGCCCAAUGAAUGGUGACCGAGUUUGAUUGGUGUGUCGUCUGUGGAGUUGAACUUCCUUGGGUGCUCCAUUCUCGCAACUUGAUCAUCCAGCAUCACCACCAUGCUCUCGAAACAAGUGUCCUCGUUGUUGGUGCAUGCACUCCGCCGCACCGCCAUCGGCGGCACCAAAGCCCUCGCCAUGCACCAUUCAACUACCUCGUCCGUUGUGACCUUGGCGUCCGCGGCCCAUUCCCGCGCGUUCUCCCAUCUUCGAUUGGAAACCGUCACAACCGCCACACUUGUCCCCGACGACGACGACCUGAACAACAUCGUCGACAUUGACGACGCACAGGACGACGCGGCAGCCACGUCUGGCUUUGUCGACCAAAAACCGCUGUCGGACUUCAACCUGUCGGCUCAAACGACCAAGAACCUCGAACGCGCGGGCAUCACACACCUCUUCCCCGUGCAAGUGGAAUCGUUUUCGACCAUGAUGCAAGGCAAGGACAUCAUGGGUCGGUCCAAGACCGGGUCGGGCAAGACGUUGGCGUUUGCAUUGCCCAUUGUCGAGCGCUUGUUGUCGACGCCGGCGACGCAAUCGCGCGCGCCACGCGCCGUGGCCAUGCUGCCCACACGUGAACUGGCACAGCAAGUGGCCGACGAAUUCCGCCGCAUCGCGCCGCAAUUACGCGUGUCGCUUGUCGUGGGUGGCGUGUCGUACGUCGGGCAGGAGAACGAACUCCGCCGCGGGAUCGACAUCUUGGUCGGGACCCCCGGGCGCGUCGUGGACAUGAUGGACAAGGGCAACUUGGACCUGUCGCACAUUGAAGUGAGCGUGCUCGACGAGGCCGACAUGAUGCUCAAGUUUGGCUUCCAGGAAGAAGUCGAAACCAUCCUCGGUGCCAUGCCCGACACCAAGCAGUGUGUCAUGUGGAGCGCCACCACGCCCAAGUGGGUGCACACAAUCGCGCGGCAGUACCUGAACAAGCCCACGACCAUCGACUUGGUCGGCGAAGACAACUCGAAGCUCCCCGCCACGGUGGCCCAUAAAGCCAUCUUGGUCUCCCGCGAUUCCAAAGACCACGUGCUCGAAAGCGUGCUCAAUCUGUACGCGCAGGGGGGCCAAGCGCUCAUCUUUACUGAAACCAAGCAGGAAGCGGACGAGUUGGUGGCGUUCCUCAGUGCCCGCGCCAAGGGCGUGCGCGUCCUCCACGGCGACCUCUCGCAGAACCUCCGCUCGUCCACGAUGAAGGGCUUCCGCAACGGCGACGUACGCACGCUCAUCUGCACAGACAUUGCCGCACGCGGGCUCGACAUUGCUAACGUUGACCUUGUGAUUCAAUACCGUCUAAGCAACGACCAGGAGAACUUUGUGCACCGCGCGGGCCGCACUGGACGCGCCGGACGCCGCGGCGUGAACGUCGUCUUGUUCGAGUCGCGCGAUAUCCGUGAGGUGCGCGACCUAGAGUCCAAGUUUGGCAUGACGUUCAACCACGCGGCGGCGCCGCUGCCGGCUCAAACGCUGUCGCAUGCGAUGACGACGGUCACGGAGAAGCUCAACAACGUCGCGUUCGACGGCCGCAAAGCAUUUGAAGCCACGGCCAAGAAGUUGCUAGAGAACGAAGAUGAACGCUUACAUGUGGUGAGUUCGGCGCUGGCGUUGCUGGCCGGCUUCGAAGCCAAGGGCCCUACGGUCUACUCGAUGCUCACAGCGCAGGCGCAUAUCCAAACGCUGAGUCUGGUCGGCGAUCGGUCGUGGAAUGCCGACGCCAUCUCGAGCUUCCUCGGUGAAGUCAAGGUGACCGUGCCCUACUCCAAGGUGAUCAAGGGCGACAACAGCACGUUCUACUUUGACGUGCCGCACAAGCAUGUGGACACGGUGCUGGAGCAUGGCGAGUCCAAGAAUGUGGUGGUGGCCCCCGUGACGGAGCUGCCCAAGAUCACGGUGGGCGGCUUGCAGCGCGGCGGCGGGUCGCGCGGACAAGGCGGCGGCGGCAGCCGGUCGGGCUAUGGAGGCGGCAACCGAUUCCGCGACUCGAACAGCUCGCGAUAUGGUGGCAACAACCACAGCAACGCACGCAGCAACUAUGGCAACUCGCGAUUCGACAGCGGGUUUUCGAGAAAUUCCAACUCGAACUACAGCAACCGCAACGGCGGCGGCAGCUACUCGAGUGGACGCAAGUCGUACGAUAACAACAAUGGAUGGGGCCACAGCAGCGGCGGCGGCGGCGGCAGUAGCUCGUCGCCCAAGGGCAAGUGGUUGUAGGAUAUUUACAAUAGAUUUCGAAAUAAAUAUACUUUUGAGGGGCUUUUUGCCAGAAUAGAUGAGAGC